AUUCAUCUAUUUUGUUCACUAAUUGCCUUUACUUGAGGUUUAUUAUAUGACAGUAGAUUUAAGAUGAAACACAUGUAUGAUUAAUUUCCCAUAAGUGAAAGAUGUAAUAUAUUCCCAGCCAUACCAGUUACACAUCCCAACAAAAAAUUUUAGAAGUUUAUGGUCAAAUUAAUCAAUUGUUCUAGGUGAAUUGAACAGAUCGUAUUUUGAAUAGAUAUUAAUUUUGAAAUAUUAUUAUAAAUAAAUAUUACAUUAAUUGUUUAAGAUCAAUAUGGCUAUCUGAAACGAUUUUUAUGGCAUUUCCAAUGACCUACAUUUUAUUGAACAAACAUAUCGCUCUUACAUACGUAGUAAACAGUAAAAUCAGUCCCUAAUAAAAUUUCUUGACAGCAAUUUAUAUGAAGUUUGGAAGACUUAAUACGUCAACAGGACAUUACAUUUUCAAAUUUCAAGGUAUUUGUCUAAAAGUUCGCUAAAAAUGGAUGAAGCAACUAAACAGAAAUGUGAACGAACAGUUCUGAGAAAUAAAUAUGAACGAAACUCAAGAGAUAUGUACGAAUGGUGGAUACAGCUAUUCAAUAUGCUGGAAUCCGAUUUUGCUAUACAAGAAGAUGUGCGAUAUUCGACUUUAAAAGAAAUUUUACCUGUAGAUCUCUUCUAUAGAUUACUAGAAAUAAUAUCAGUUAAGAAAGAACAAUUUCAAUUACCCGACGACAAUGUCGAUGAAGAAACAGAAGAAGUUAUAUUUCCUAAAAAGCACAGUACUGAGGAGAGUCUAAUUGAUUCGGAAGAAAGAAAAAAGUCUGCGACAAUUUCGGAAUUUCGCAAAAACUUGGGCAUCAUUCUUGAGAAAAAGAGUCCCUACAUGGAAUUCUUCAAACGUAAACCGAACAGAGCAGCAAUAUGGAAAGAACUACCUCCACUGAAAUGGGAAGAAAUGGAUUUAGGUCAAAUGGCCGAAGCUAUAACCGAAGCCAUAGCAACCGAUUAUGUGGAAUGGUUAAAAACUAUGGGAGGUAGUGAAGAAACGACGUUGAACGUACAAAGUAUAAAAGAAAUGUUCGAAAUAGGAUCCCAAACCAAUACUUCUACAGCGGUGUUUGUAGAAUUGAAAGAAAUCGCAUCAGUAAAUCAAAAAACAGCGGAUGCUUUAGGAUUACCGCAUAAAUCUAGGAUGAAUGUUUUGCAAGAACAAAUAGAGCAAGAUAGGAUAGCUUCUAGAAAGAAACAGCGAUUAUGUGCUUUUGGGAAACGACUACCAGUGUACAUGCAACUGUACUUCCACUAGGCAAUACGUCAGCAGGAAGACUGUAACUAACAUCUUCGUCAGGAUUUGGUAUGGCAUAUAAAUCUGGAUGAGCAGCAAUUGUUCUAGGUACAGACAUGUUUUGAUGAGGCACAAUGUCGGCAGGAAAAGCGUAUGAAUCAUCUGGCAGAAUUUGCAAACACAAAGUUUCAAAUAUUAUGACCGGGCAUAUGGACAAUGGAUUCACGAUGUUGGACUGCUACGAAAAAGGAGUUCUGUAUGCACAAACAAUUUAUUGUAAAUUGAAUGGUACCUAUAUGGAAAGGGGGUUUUGGUUUGCCGAAAAAUCCCGGAACCUUUUUAUACAGUUGUUUCAAGAAAAAAAGUGACUUAAGUAAAAGUUGCUGGAAAUAGGAUUCCAAUUAAAAAAAAGUGUCUUCUGUGCCAACAUCAAAAUUAAAAUUUGAAUUGAGAAAUAGAUUCCUCAUUAAAAAAUAAUGGUGGCUUACAUUUUUAUUUUCGUACGUUCAACGGCCUGGCCUUAAAACUACAAUGUACAAUAAUUUGAUGUUUCCUCCAGUGUGCAGCGUCGAAAAUUACUCCUUGAUGGUGUUGUUAUCACAAUUUUCAGGAACAGGUUAUGAAUAAAAACACAUAUUUAAAUUGUAUUAUAUUUUCGAAUAUACUUUACACUUAUUAUCCUGAAAAGUAUACAUGGCGAUUGUCUUCAACUUCUAAGUAUUAGGGGUACGUAUUUGUAAUGUACUUAAAAAAACAAAUCAUAUCCGAAUAUUUUGUCGCACAAUAGCGUCAUCAAUUCAAUAUCACAACGUUAUUAAUUAAAAAGACUAAAAUAAGCACAUUGGGUUUUAUUUAUAUAAGUAAUAUUUUUUAACUAAAUCAUUUGAAUGUAGUCAAAAUCAUUAUGUGGAAUACUAAAAGUUUCUAUAUCUGUUUGAUCUAUUGUUUUAGCUAUUUUUCUAUCCAAUGAAAUGUUUGUUGGUGCUAUGUUUAUUUCUAUGAUUAGCAUGAUUUGCGUAAUCUACACCACUAUAAAUACCCUAGGGAUUCUUCAUAUAAAAUGAAAUUUUUACUAAAAUUUUUUGAAGGUCAGUAACACAAACAAACAAAGCAACCACUUGAUCGCAUUUACCCGUUGUGUUUAACACAGAGUUAGCAAUAUAGAUGUAGAGAGCGUCAUGUAAGAGAAUUGUACUAUUGUAAAAGGAAGAAAAUGUAUCGCUUUACCACUCUCUAUCUUACUCUACGCGCUUUUUAAAUCAAAGCUUGUUAUUUUUCCCCUCUACAGUUACCACCACUCGAAACUUCGAAGUCAUCUGGAUCUAUUUAGAAUAGAGUAGAAAGAGAUAAAGAGUGAUAUAUCGUAUACCGUUCUUUAUCUAUAUCAGCAAUUCGAGCCAUUUUAAACUCGCUGCCAUAGCUCGCUAUUUUUAAUAUUAACUCUAUGGUUUUUAAAAAACCGAGAGGAGUUAUUUGAAUUUCAGAUGGCAAACCUUUAGAUUACUGAUUGGUUAGAUCUAUAGACGGCCGAGGAAGACGAACAAUCUGUAUAUAUUAAAAAUGUCCGUCAAAAUGCGUUAAAUGAAAGUGACGUCACUUUAGCAUCUGGGUAAAUUUUAAAGGUAGUACCAAAUGCUAUUUACCCUGAAGACAACUCGUCACACUUUCGUACAGCGCAUUUUUUUAAGUAUAAGAGAGAAUGCUACUUCUUUCUACCCUCUAUAAUUGGAUCAAAGACAAUUUCACUUAUUUUUGACAUAUGAUUGCAAACAAAAAGAGUCUGUUUUAUUUCUUGUGUGCUCGUGAUUUCUUGUUAUAGUUUUAUUAAAAUAUUUGAACCGUUUUAGCACUAAUUUAAACAUCGACUCGGAUUCUACUCAUAGUACUGAAUGUAAUUUGCACUCAAAAUUAAAUUUUAUUAAUAAUAAUAGUAUUUUAUGUCAUUGCGCCCAAUUCAGUUACUUUUUUAGCAAUUUCUAAUGGGGUUUCUAAAAAUGCUCCUCCUAGUUAUGGGUGAUAGAAAGAAGGAAGAGUCUAUUAUGGGAGAAAAGUUGAAACAGUGUCAAGCUGAAUACGAUAUAUGAUAGUUCCGAAACCUUCCAGAAUGGCGCUGGUGUAGACGAAGGGCAUGGUAUGAAUUCAGCCAUUGUAGAUAAAUUGAAGUAUGAAGCGGCAAAAAAUUUAAUAUUAUUUUUAGUCAUGUAGUUGAUUCUUAAAAAUUUCAACGAUAUGCUGUAUACAGAAUAAUGGAGUAAAUAUAACCUAAAUGAAAUUUACCUUGAUGCUAAUGUGGCGUCGCCACGCUUAUUUAACGCAUUUCAAUGAACACUUUUCAUAUACACAGGUUGUUCUCUUUCUCUGUACUCUCCAUACUUCUAGUAAAAAUACUAAUAAUUUUCCAACCUUUUCGUUAGCCUUCAUACUUGUAUUGUUCAUCCACAGAUAUAUCCAUUAUCAAAGUACCAAAUUACCUAUAGGUAGUGGUUUGGUAGUGUGCUAUAAGCGCACCAGCUGGGAAGCAGCCAAUGAGAAUUCGCUCCCAAAACGACGCGCCAAUUUGAAACAUUUGAAUUGAAUACAUGAUGUAAAGACUACAAGGUGUGCUAUUGCGCACCAGCUGGGAAGCAGCCAAUGAAAAUUUGCUCCCAAAGAGAUGCGCAGAACGAGUCGAAAAUGGGCCCUCGGGAAGACACACCUUGUAGUCUUUACAUCAUGGGUAGGGUUUAUGUUAAUAGAAAAUCGAAUUUGAAACUAAUAUUAAAUUAGAAUAUUUGUAGAAUUUAUCAUUUCUAUAUUCAAAUGAUUUUCACAGGUAUAAGAUAUAACUCUUAAUUUAAAAUAGACAAUAUUUUUGUAGUGAACAUAAAAUCUCAUUAUUUUAUUAAUGUACAAUACUAGCUUUAGAAUCAAUGUAUAAUAUACAAAAUAAUAGCUUUUAACAAUU